UCUUCACUCGAGCUCCGCGCAAAUCGUCAGCCGGAGGAUAAAGAACACCAAACGUUUAUGAUAUGAGUGGGUGAAACUUCAAUGAGGCUUUCCGGGCCAAACGAGAAUGUUGAAUAGCGAAUCGUGGACGGCGAUAUUAGCAGAGGAUUAGCUGACAAUAUGUGAAGUGACCGAGGUGUUAUAACAGGUUCAUAGCUAGAGCUAGGCGAUAUGAGACUGUGAAGACGAUAGUUCAGCCAUGUUCCGAGCCCAGCCAUACUUUAUCCGUGUCGUGCUCACCAGCACUGUCUUCCUCGGUUUAGUGGAAACCCUAGAACUCUCCAUGACAACAAUUUAUGUGAAGGCCAUGGCCGGAAGCCAGGUGGACAUUCCCUGUGGAUGCAACACUCCGGCCAUUGACAAAGACGGUCGAGUCAUAUGGAAGAAAGGUCAGCCUGGUCCACUUAUCAUUUCCAGAGGACGACCCAAUGGCAAGGUCAAGGUCGGAGAAGACUGGCAGAAUGCUCGGGUCAGCAUAAACGGUUCGACCUUGACCCUUCCUCACCUCCAAUUCCCGCGAGAUCAUGGAGAAUUUGUGUGCUUUAGGAAAGAUCCCUGGAAUGUCAUGGUAACGGUGCUGGCCCCUGUUACAGCUGUGAGAAUGCGAGGCGCUAAAACGCUUGACGGGAGACAAACACUGGACGCUGGAGUUGGUAGGUAUGUCGUGGUCACGUGUUCUACAAUGGCGAAUCCGGACCCGGUGUUCCGGUGGCAUUUGGGGACAGGACAGCUCCCCAUUGCAAUUAAGGCUAACAAGAGCGACCCUAGUUCCAGAUCAGUACGUUUCCCUGUUACCAGAGACAUGGACGGGACGACAGUAGAAUGUGCGGCAAAAAACGAUCUGGGAGAUUGGGUGAAGGAAACAGCGUAUUUGAGAGUGCUUUAUGCCCCAACAAAUAUCUCUAUAUCGGUUAAACCCAAAACUCUGACCGCUGUGGAAGGCGAACGCGUAAUUUUGAGCUGUGACGCUAACGGAACACCGUCACCGGUCUACAUCUGGGUGGCACGUGGAAAAGAUGGCAGACGCAAUCAGACAGUUUCUAAUUCGCCCAUCUACACCAUACGAUCCAUCCGAGCAUCGCAGGCAGGGAUCUAUCAAUGUACAGCAAUAAACAGUCAAGGGCUGGCAACACAAAGAGUCAAGGUCACAGUAUUACACCCUCCCAAAGUUAACGUCACGUAUGACAACACCACGAGAACGCUGACGUGUACAGCAGACGGAGGCCCCCUGGCGGUGCAAUUCAGAGACUGGAAACAGGAGCUUGACGGCAAGAUUGUUUCCACACAUCCUGGGAGAAUCCAGGGGCAGACAACCGAACUCCAUCUUUCUUCUCUGACGUAUCAAGACACUGGGUACUACGUCUGCACAGCAGCCAAUGCCAUCAAAACCGCACAGACAGCAAAGGUUUAUGUCCAGCCCAAAACUAAGCCGGUGUUUCCUGUGGAUCAGCCCACUAGCUACAGCGCUCGCCUCACCCAGCCUCUGGACGUCUCCGUUCACUACUACGCACAUCCUCAACCUUCUAUCGUCAGGUGGGACAAGUCUCGCGUGAACGGUAUCUCAGAUCGAGCAAGCCGACAGAAAUAUAGACAAAGGCAAGAGUCAGCAAACGUCACUCUGUCAUUCCACGGCACCUUGGUUAGCAUCCAAGGAACGGCCGCCAUUUUCUCCUUCCGGAAGUUGAAGAAAUCAGACGCCGGAAGUUACACGCUCACCCUCGGGAAUUCUGGGGGACUUUCGGUGUUUCGGUUUUCUGUUUCAGUCACACAUCCCAGACACGGUUCGUCUGAGGAGGUCCCUGUGAGUCGCCUGGUAACUUACGCCCUGGCAGGCUUGGGUGCAGCAGUCCUCCUUAUCGUUGUUGUUGUACUACUUUCUGUAUGCGGAGUUAUACCAUGUCCAGGUCGGAAAUCGAAGUCAAGACAAAGCUAUUCUCCCCCGACGGCGAAAGCUAACCAAGAUGCCUUGGUGGAUUUGGUUAGACCACCUAAAGACGAUACAUUCCACGGGCUAUACGUAACAGACUCCAUGUUAAAAGACGACGUAAAUGAAAACCAUCAGCUGUAACGAAGACACCCGAAGUUAUUCGUUUGUAAGUGCAGAUGGUCUUUUGUGUUACUGUCAGUCAGCUAUCGACUAAGCUUACACUCGUCCACGUGAUCAGCUGACAUCUGAACACUAACUGACCACAAGGUCCGUUAUCAAUGCUCAUCUAUCUCGUUCCAUAAGAACUCCAGUCAGUUAGAAGCCAUUGCCUUUGCGCACAUUCUACUUUUAACUUACGUUUGCUAUUGCUUAGCAAACGUGAUUCCUGGUCUCCAUACCUGGCCACUGAAUUGUUGUAAAAGACUUAGGACAAGUCUCAAGUCGUAACCACGAGGAUCUCCGAGAGGACUUUGUAUUGUCGCAAAGGAAACUAAGACAGGCCUCGAUUAAUACGUUAUCGGUACUACUGUAUUGUCGCACAGGAGUUUGAACAGGUCUCAAUAUGUAACCACUGUAUUGUCGCACAGGAACUCUGACAAAUUUCAGUACGUUACCAUUGUGCUGUCUCACAGGAGUUUGGACAGGUUUCAAUACGUAACCACUGUAUUUUCGCACAGGAGCUCAGACAUGUGUAAACACGUAACCACUGUAUUGUCGCACAGGAACUCGCACAUGUCUCAAUACGAAAUCAUUGUAUUGUCGCACAGGAACUCCGAUUAAUAGGGGUGGUUUUCGAUAACAUCGAGAAGAUCAACUGAGACGAACAUCUUUGUAAGUAAAUCUGUUUACCAGGUUCAUCGGGUAUCUUAUAUGUAUCUCUAGUAGAGAUCGCCAAUGUAGUAUUAUCGCCAUAGUUUGUUCUCAUCUAUGUGUAUUUUUCUCUUCGCCAUUAAAUUUACUUGCAUCUCUUAUAGAGAUCGUUCAUGUAGUAUAUUAUCA